GUUUCGAGUAUCAUUGCUCUUCGCUCGCUUGACGGAAAAUACAUGAAGGUCUCCACUGACGAAGGCAGCAUUGCAUUCCACGACCAGCAUGUCGACGAUAAUGCCAAAUUUGCGUUGAUAAACUUGGACAACGGAAAAAUAAGUUUGAAAGGUCCCAACGGGAAACUCCUGAACAUGUCCCAUCCUAACGACCACGUCAUGUGCAUUGGGACUGAGGGAGGCGUUGAAUUUGAAGUCGUCCAUCUGGGUGCAAAUUGUAUCGCUCUGACCAUCCCCACAUACCACGAAGGGGGUGCAAAAACCAGAUUUUUGUCGAGCGGCGUCGGGCGCGAACCUUGCAGUGGUUCGCUCGUCGUCACGGAUGACAUGGAGGGUCCUUCUUGCUGCUUUGUUGUCCAGACUUUGGCCUGA